AUGGCGAGUCCCUCUCCCCCAGGGGAAGCCAGUCUCUGUGAAUGCGGCCGCAUGUCAAUCACCGGCUCUCAUGUGAUGGCUCUUGCCAAUGACGUGCCAGCCAUAUGGGCCUGGCAUCAGAGCUGGUUGCUUGCUACAAUGUUGAGCCGUCUAUUCAGCGAGGUGCUGCCGGACGUCCAGAGGCUCGCUGCUGACUGGGUGAAGGACAAUGAGAGCGAGGACGACAAGAACAAGGACGGAGAUCACGAUAACUGUCACCUCGAGGAUGACGACCUGGACGAGCCGCUGGAAGGCAGCAGUCGAGCAGAGUCUGAAAUGGCAGGUGAUGAUGAUGAUGAUGAUGACGAUGAUGAGGCCGAGGAAGAGGAUUGCGGGGAUGAAAACAGUGGAGACAAACCCAAGAAACGCGGCCCAAAGAAACGCAAGAUGACGCCGGCGCGCGCGGAGCGCUCUAAAGUCCGUCGAAUGAAGGCCAACGCGCGGGAGCGCACGCGCAUGCAUGACUUGAAUUCUGCGCUGGACAAUCUGCGCAAAGUGGUGCCGUGCUACUCUAAAACGCAGAAACUAUCCAAGAUAGAGACUCUGAGACUGGCCAAGAAUUACAUAUUAGCGCUUGGAGAGAUUUUACGCAACGGGAAACGUCCUGAUGUGGUGGCCUACGUGCAGAUGUUGUGUAAAGGCCUGUCCCAGCCCACUACCAACCUGGUGGCAGGCUGCCUGCAGCUUAACACCAGGAACUUCCUGACUGAACCGUGUUCAGACGGAUCUCGGUUCCACAUGCCCAGCUCUCCUUUCUCCGUCCACCCUUACUCCUAUCGGUGUUCUCGCAUCGCCAGUCCCCAUUACCAGCCCGGCACCGGUGGGCUCAAUGUGCGGGGUCAAUACGGCUCUGGGUACGAGGGAGUGUACCCGCCGGGCGGUACGUCCCCUGACUACAACAGUCCGGACUACGAAGGCCAGCAGAGCCCGCCCGUCUGCCUAAAUGGAGGGUUGUCCGGGAGGCAGCAAGAGUCAUCUGAGACGGACAGGAACUAUCAUUACUCUAUGCAUUACUCCGGACUGACCACGUCUCGACCCAGCCACAGCAUACCCUUUGGCCCCUCGGGAGCGCGCAGCAGUGGUGCGCACUCGGAAAACAUUCCACCGUUCCACGACGUGCACUUGCACCAUGACAGGGCGCCCCCAUAUGAGGACCUCAAUGCUUUUUUCCACAACUGA